AGUCCGAUAUGAGAGGCAGACUAAAAGUGAUUGGAAAGUUGUUUUAACUUCCCAUUUCCUAGUUGGGAUACCCCAGUUUUCAACGAAGGAGAAUAACUUUUAGGGUCUUUCUGGGCUGGAAAUUCUCCACUUUGAUCAAGCAGGUAUGAAAAAAGAAGAAGGCCUCCCUUGUUUGUUUUAGAGCAAAAGGAGAUCCAUAGGUGUUGUUUACGAUUUAGCUGUGGACUGUGAAGAUUGGGAUCUUAAUGAGAUAGACAAACAUUGAAACUAUAUUGCUUCAAGACAAAAGGAAUAUACUGCUUUCUUGUCAAAAGGGGCGGAGAGUCAUCAUAUGAAGUGGAUGUUGAACUAGAUACCAUUGGCUCAUCAUUGGUGUGAUAAUGUCAUAAUUAGGUGAUCAGCGGACCAUAGAUAACAUCUCCUGAUUGGCGAAUGCACUUUUUGCAUAUUUUGCCUCUCAAUCAGAUUGAUCCAUGACUCAGAGUCAAGAAAGUCAGCUUGGGAUAGCCCGUUUGGUCAACUUUUCUGGAUUUGAUAUUAAACCAAGAUUGCGACGACCCACGUCACAUGUCAUUCAAGGGUCGUCUUCCCCUGAUGCUGAUCCGACGCAGCUGAAUUGCGCCACCACAGUUUAUGAUGCCCGCUCUUCAUCCAAACACGACGCGAGCUUCAGGAAGCGCAGGAAAAAACAUAACGUGUUGAUUAUUUAUAGCAACUCUGUGUUGUUUUUUUUAGAUGAGAGGAUUGUUUGUUGCUGAUGAUCAUUAGGAUCUCGUCUCACAACCUAGCUGUCCUUGGAUAGUAUUUAUACCUCAACCGUUGAUCAUUCCAAGGUUUAUUCCUCCUUUGCUUAUAGGCAUCAUUUGGUCUCAGCACCACGAAACAUCGUCCAUGAUUUCUAGACCAAUUCAUCAAGUAUUUAAUAACCUCACCGCGUUGUACGUUUCUCUUCUUUUUACAUUGCAUCCGCAUUUGGCGUCGCGUUCCUCACAUAGCUUCACUACUUCUCCUUCAGCAGUUAUUGUCUGAGACUUUGCCACAAAACUGCGGUUUCCCUACCACUUUUCGUCAAAUCUUCAUUUUGUCAUAAGCGCAUUGUAGUUUGGACUUCUUCAUCUCUUGUUUUUUCAUCUCAGACCCGUCAAUUCUGAGAAUUUCUAGCAGUAGCAGUCAAUCCAAACCAAGUUCCCUUCUCACAAGCCUACAGCAACUUCUCAAGUUUGAUCCAAAUACAUUCACUCAACUUUAAAUACUUCCAAAGGAAAAACUUGGACAAAUCUCCAUUAAAAAAAGGAGAUUUGUAUAUUUGAUUUUGACAAUAUCUUCAAGGAAAGUGUUGAAUGUUGACUUGUCAUUAGCUAUGGAUGCAGGAUCAAUGUCUAUGUAUUACAGCUGGCAGCUGUAUCUAUCAGCUUGUAGAGAUCCACAGCUUUAUUUAUGGCACAAAGAGCUGAAGAAAGCCAAGCCAUCAGGACCACCAACACCUCCUCUAACACCAACAAGUCAGAACCAACUGACAACCCUUCAUCACCCUAGUCCUAUCCAUCUACCAAAUGCUCUAGCCUGUGGCGCCGCAGCUGGUACCCUCAAAGGUGCUGAACAUGUCCCUUUCUUACCCCUUGGUGCAAUCAGUACUGCUGCAUGGACACAGGGUCUCGCAACCUGGCAGGUGCCACCUGGUGCCAUCACAGCACCACCAAGUGCCUCACUGACGGUACCAAAUCCAAACAGCACAUUGAGGCGCCUAGUACUCAACGGUUCCUCAUCGGUGCCAUCCUCUCGCCACCACACAUCAUUGGGGUCAUCAUCGGCACCGCCAAAGAAAGCACCUAAGUUUGACUUUGCUCAUCUGGCCAUCGCCGCGACUCAACCUUGCAGUGCCGAUAGUAGCAAGACGCGGUUGGUGCCUUUGCAACCAACCGAGAGGCGCCGGGGUAGAGGACCAAUGAGAGCUAAAAAAGAGUUCAUCUGCAGGUUCUGUGGACGUCAUUUCACCAAGUCAUACAACCUCCUGAUACAUGAAAGGACCCAUACUGAUGAAAGACCAUAUUCUUGUGAUAUCUGCCAUAAGGCAUUUAGAAGACAAGACCAUCUUAGAGACCACAGGUACAUCCAUUCUAAGGAGAAACCAUUCAAAUGUGGAGAGUGUGGUAAAGGAUUCUGUCAGGCAAGAACCUUAGCUGUUCAUAAAACCCUUCAUAUGCAGCAAUCGCCUCACAAGUGCGCCACCUGUGGACGGACCUUCAACCAACGUAGUAACCUAAAGACGCAUCUUCUAACCCACACAGACAUCAAACCUUUCAACUGUCCUAACUGUGGAAAGGUCUUCAGGCGGAACUGUGACCUGAGGCGACAUAGCUUUACCCAUAACGAGUGCGUAGGUGCUAUCCAGGCUGCAGCUGCAGCGGCUGCUGCCGCUGCUGCUGCUGCCGGCACAGGGCCGAUGACAAACAACUCGAUGAACAAUGGUGGUGCUACACUUGUAGAGGUUGCAAAUUAA